UCCCGUCGCUCGCGCGGAGUCGCUUAGUGGCGUCUUAUAUUUACCAGCUGCCGGUGAGUUUAAAACAGCCUAAAUUAAUAUCAAGGGGUGGGACACAGUUUUGUAGAGGAUUACUUAUAAUAUCUGCGGAAGACAGAGACUCGUGUGGCUCGCCCACUAACUCUCUAAACUCAGCUAGAGAAGUACCAGAUGGUGGUUGUUGUCGUUGUGAAAUGGAGUUGUCGGAGCACAUCAAGACCGCUAAUGUUGAAGAUGUUACCCUGAGAAGACCUUUCCAUCCAGCGCUCAGAGGAACCCUGUGCGUUACCAGCCACCACCUUCUGUUCUCAGACAGAAAGGAUGAAGCUUCCUGGCAACUCCUCAUUCUCCUCAAGAACAUCGAUGCCAUUGAGAAAAGUGUCGAGAAUCUUUUCGGAUACCCCAGGGCUAUGGGAUCCUCUGGUACUAUCACCAUUAAAUGUAAGGACCUGCUGGUUCUUCAGUUGGAAAUUCCUGGAAUGGAGGAAUGUCUGAACAUAGCCAGUUCUAUAGAGGCUCUUUCGUCUCUGGAAAGUGUGACAGAGAUGUAUCCCUUCUUCUACAGACCGUCACACCUUACUCUGAACGGCCCAUGGGGCCUGUCCUCAACGGAGCAAUAUUACAAACAAACAGAAAGGCUGUGGGACAGGUGGAGAGUCAGUACAGUAAACUCAGAUUACUCUGUAUGCCCAUCGUAUCCAUCUGCGGUUAUUGUGCCACGUGAGGUGGACGAUGACAAGCUGAUCCGCUCAGCCAGGUUCAGACAGGGCGGCAGAUUUCCUGUACUCUCCUACUGUCACCAUAGGAACGGAAUGGUGAUUAUGCGAAGUAGCCAGCCUUUGACAGGAGCCAAUAAGAAGAGAUGUAAGGAGGAUGAGCUCCUUCUCCAGGCUGUGAUUGAUGGGUCAGAGUUGGGUUACAUCAUCGAUCUGCGUUCUGCCCAGCAAGCCCAGCAGGCCCGGAUGACAGGAGGAGGUUUUGAGUCUAAAUCCUUUUAUAGCCACUGGAAAAGAAUCCAUAGACACCAUGAAAGGGGUAAAAUUGUGCAGGAGAGUCUUAUUAAGCUGGUGGAAGCGUGCAGUGACCCGUCUCACAGUGUGGACCGCUGGCUCAGUAAAUUGGAGAACUCCAAAUGGCUUUCUCAUGUUCACAGUGCGCUGUCCACUGCAGGCCUGGUGGUAGAGUGUGUGGAGAGGGAUGGUCACUCUGUGCUUGUGCAUGGCUCUGAAGGGACUGACAACACGCUGCUGGUGAGCUCAUUGGCUCAGCUUAUCCUAGACCCCGCAUCUAGAACUGUCACUGGCUUCCUCUGCCUGCUGGAGAGGGAAUGGAUACAGGCUGGACACCCAUUCCAGCAGCGCUGUGCUCAUUCGGCGUACUCUCAUGCCCGUCUGAAGCAGGAGUGCCCAAUCUUCCUGCUGCUGCUUGACUGUGUGUGGCAGGUGUGGCGGCAAUUUCCUCUGGCACUGGAAUUUAGUGAGGCUCUGCUGCUGCGACUGGCACAAGAGGUUUACGCUUCUAACUAUGGAACCUUCCUGUGUAACAGCGAGCAGGAGAGAUGUGCUGCAGGAGUGAAGGAGAACACACACUGUUUGUUUCAGUCCCUACUGAGGCCUGAUAUUGAAGAGCAGUACCUCAACCCACUGUAUGAACCCACUGAUUUGGCCAUUUGGCCCUCAGUACAUCCUCAGUCCUUACAGCUAUGGACAGGGCUGUUCCUCAGGUGGACUGAGUAUGCUCAGAACAUGGAAGAAGCUCGAGAAGAGGUGUGGAGCAUUGUGAAAGAGCACCAUGAGCAAGCUGGACCUGACCGGACCAAUAACACGCUUAGUACACACUGUGACACCUUGACCCCAUUUGAGAACCUCAUGGAUGAGCUGACUAUCUUGUGACCUCAUGGUAGAAAGGACAUAGAGCCUGUUAUUACUAUGGGUGCAUCUCAAUCAGCUCCCUAGUUCAGUAGUCAGGGAACUGAUCAGAGAGUCGGCCAUUUUAAGGGCUGUCUCAAUCGCAAAAUCCUUCUAGUGGACUGGAACGUUCGCUCCCUGAAAAAUCCCACAGUGCACCGCAAAAACUAGGGAGCAUUGGUGCUCAC